AUGGCUGGUAAGCAAUUAUAUCCCCCACCAUCGCAUAUCCACAUCAACAUCAACAUCUGGAAAACGAUGCGCGCGGCUCUCUGGUUUACGCCAACGGCUUGCUAACUGUGUCCGACAUAGAUGAACCCCGACGAUCGGUCCGCGCAACCAAAGGACAGCAUACAAAGAGCUUAGACCUCCUUGAUCAGCCCGUCGAGCCUAAGAAGAAAGCCACGAAGAAAGCGAAGAAGGUUGAAAAGAAAGAGGACGAUGCUGAGGCUUCCGAGGUCAUACGAUGUGUCUGCGGUGCCGUAGAGACGGGCAACGAUGAUACCGAUCCAUGGAUCGCCUGCGAUAAGUGCGAUGUGUGGCAACAUAACAUUUGUGUUGGCUUCACUCGCUUCGAAGAGGAUACUCCGGAGAAUUACAAAUGCGAACAAUGUGACCCCACCUUCCCUCUUCACAAAGAGUUACUCGAUGCCUUGAAGAAGGGCAGGAAACUUUGGGAGGAGAGAAGGAAGAAGGCCGAUCAACUUUUGGCCGAAGAAAAGCAGGCUUCAAAGAAGAAGGGAGGCAAGAAAGGCAAGUCCAAUAAAAGGGUCAGUGAAGCCUCGGAGAUCAGCUAUGCUACCAAUGGAAAGGCCAAAUCCCCAUCGGUUCCUGUUCCGGCCGCCCCGGUUGAGAAGAAGGAAACUGUCUCUCGAGCACCAAGCACCAAAAGGAAAGCUAGUGAACCAUCUCAUGAAAAUGAAUCUGUCAAGGCAAGUCGAUUGUACUCUCGUAACCAAUUCAUUGCUAAUUGAAAAAAGCAGGAGCACCAGUCCAAAGUCCGGAAGGUCUCGGCUUCUCAUACCACCCCUCAACAAAAGUCACCUCCCUCUGAUUUACCUACAAAGAUUUCAGAACUUGAAACAAGUAGACAGGCUAUUGCAAAGUUUUUGAAGGAUAGAAUGGCCGCAAAUAUCACCAACGCUCUGCAUCAAGGCAUCUACAAUUUAAGUCCGGGUGAUUCAGCGCCUAGCAAGACUGAGCGUCUCGCCAUUCAGAUUGAGAAUGCCGUCCUUGUUACCCACCCAGGAGAUAAGACUGCAUACCAAAACCAAUGUCGUGCAAUUGCGUUCAAUCUGAAACAGAAUCAAGAGCUAUGCAAUCGUCUUCUUACACGGACUUUGAAUCCUACCGCCCUUGCUACCAUGUCCUCGGAUGAUAUGGCUAGUAAAGAGCUCAAGAUUAAGACGGCUGAGCUAAAGGCACAAGCUGAUAUACAAUCUGUUAUGGUCGAAGAUGAUGGACCGAGGGUUCGAAGAACUCACAAGGGUGAAGAGAUAGUUGAAGACGGAAGUUACACUGUUCCAACCGAAAAUCCCAUGUCUUCUUCUACACGUCGUCGAAGCAUGCUUGAUCCAAAUGCCGAUAUGGGCGCCCGGUCACGAGAGAAUUCACCAGGUAAUGAGGUCGAGCUCCCAGCGGAUAUUGACACCAAUCAUCGAUCCCGAGAUGAUAUCCGAGGUCAGGUUCUCCCAAAACAACCUCUCGCGGUAGAUACUAGACCAAAUCAUGCCCCUGCAAGAAAGGCAUCUGGUCAAGCCGACUUCGAUAUCAACAAAGUCUUCUCAAGUGUUCAAUCGCCAGUCACUUCACAGCACGUUCGGAGGCCUUCAACCAAUAUCGCUCCACCGGCAAAUGGACCUGGUGUCGAUCCGGAGAUCGACAAAUUGCUUCAGGAUGACGAAAACGAUUCGCCACCUUACUCACCCGCUGAGUAUAGCUCGGAUCCUGAUGUCGUUUGGCGUGGCACUGUUACUAUGGACUCUGUUGCCAAAUUCUCCGCAGCUGCAAAACACGUCGGUGGUGCACACUUGAAAGUCCCGUGGACAGAACUUCUACAAAAGGAGCUCAAGGUUGCCGGAAGGAUCGACAAAGACAAAGCCAAUGAGUAUCUGUGCAGUCUCCGAUAUAGCCCUCCUACAGACGUAGUAGUUGUUUCCAUCGCACCAACCGGCGAUCCAUCUUCGCCUGAUUUCCAGGAUUUGUAUAACUAUUUCUAUACGAAGCUCAGGUUCGGUGUCCUUUCAAAUAAAGGGUUGGUUGGUAAUGUCCGGGAUACCUAUUUAGUUCCAGUCGCACCGGGUGGCCCAAUUCCCGAUUUUGUCAUCAAUCUAGACGGACACCAAGUUCCCUUGGAACGAACACAGCCCAUUCUUUUGGUAGCCCUUGUCGUACGGUCGGACUGGGUGCCUGAACCCGAACCAGAGCGAAGUUUCCAAAACGCCCCAGAAACUCAGAGUCCAUCCAUCAUGACGCAUCCCCAACGACAAAUGACCAUGAGUGGCGCUCCUCCCUCAAUGUCACCUAUCAACCCACAAAAUAACACUUUCGUCGCUCCGCAAGUUCCACAGCCACCACACGCCCCACAAAUGAAUGCCGAGCAGAAACAGCAGCGAGAAGGUGAGGCUACUGCAGCUAGGAUACUUGGGCAACAUCUCUAUGCUCCUACGGUUAAAUUCCUGAUGCCGCAGGCUUACCAAAUGCGGCCACUUGAGUGGGAAAUCAUUCGAGAUAUUUUGGAGAAGGAUUUAAAAGCUCAACAAGACCUGCAGUACUUGAGCCAGGUUCUGGAAAUUAGAAUGAAGGCAGAAGGCACACAGGAAGCUUCCAAGGCCUAA